AUGGAGAAUUUCAUCAACAAAUCAGAGACUGGUCUUAAAAAUCAUGAAGCUGCUAUAAAAAAUUUGGAGACUCAGAUGGGACAGAUGGCUAAACAAAUGACAGAAAGGCCCCCAGGUAUGUUUCCUUCAGACACUGCCAUUAAUCCUAAAGAAAAUUGUUCUGCCAUAACUCUUAGGAGUGGUGUUACCUUGAAUGGGUCUGAACAAAAAAAGGUAGAAAAUAGUAAUGUCAAUGAUGAGUUUGUAGGAGAUAUUGACCCUUUAGGAGAGAAUAAGAUAGAAGCUGAAAAGAAAAAAAAGGACAAGAACAAAACUAGCACUACCAUCCCCACUGAUAGAAAUUGCAAGGCAUAUUUUCCAAAAGCUUUGGUGAAAAAGAAUUUAGAGAAGCAAUUUUCUAAAUUUCUUCAAGUUUUCAAAAAAUUGCAAAUUAAUAUUCCAUUUUCUGAAAUUCCAUUGUCUGAAGCUUUGGAACAGAUGCCUGCUUAUGCUAAAUUCAUGAAAGAUAUUAUGUAUGGGAGGAGAAAAUUGAGUGACGUAAAGGAAACCAUAAUGAUGACAUACGAGUGUUGGGCUAUUUUACAAAGGAAGCUCCCUCAGAAGAUGAAGGAUCCUGGUAGUUUCACAAUUCCUGUAGAAAUUGAAGGUCUACCUGUUGCUAAGGCUCUCUAUGAUUUAGGAGCAAGCAUUAAUUUGAUGCCUCUCACAAUAUUUGAGAGGUUGGGUUUAGGAGAGGUCACUCCCACCAUGAUCAACCUACAACUAGCUGAUAGGUAA